AUGUCUCCGAAGAGGAAGCUUUUGCACUAUGGACUUCCGUUUGCAGGUAGGGAACCAGUGCUAGAUUAUAUGAAGAAAUCUGAAGUUGUCAUUAAACAAUUAUUAAAAGUGCUAAUGAAUGGCCUAAAUUUGCAUGAGAUUGACGAAACAAAAGAAUUAUUGUUGAUGGGGUCGAUGAGGACUAACCUUAAUUAUUAUCCCAAAUGUCCUAAUCCCGAACUCACUGUUGGAGUUGGUCGACAUUCUGAUGCCUCGACUCUCACAAUUCUCCUUCAAGACGAAAUUGGAAGGCUUUUCGUUAGAGGAAAUGACGGCGAUAAUUGGAUCUAUGUUCCUCCAAUCAAAGGUUCCCUUGUGAUCAAUGUUGGAGACGCAUUGCAAAUAAUUAGUAAAGGCAAGUACAGAAGUGUCAAACAUCGCGUGGUGGCCAAUGGAAGCAAGAAUAGAAUCUCUGUCCCAAUUUUUGUGAACCCAAGACCUAUUGAUAUGAUCGGACCAUUUCCUGAACUAAUCGAAAAUGGUGAGAAACCGAUUUAUAAACAAGUUCUUUAUUCAGAUUACGUCAAACAUUUCUUCUGUAAAGCACAUGACGGAAAGAAAACAGUUGUGUUUGCCGAAUUAUAA